AUGACAUCUCCGAUUUCUCUGUUUGGUGUUGAAAAUUAUAGCAAUAACCACGUGCAAAAGUUUCUGUACCGGCGCAGGGAGAGCAGCGCCGCAGACAGCUCACGGAGCAGCGAGGCGCUCGCUCAUUGCCUGCCCUGCCUUACGCCCGCUGAGGGAUGCUCCGGACUGCCCGGGGCCCCGAGCAGGAAGCUGAAGCCCACCGGCGAGGCCAGCAGCCUUCGUAACGGGAGCCGACGCUUUCCGAGGGCAGCAGAAUACAGGAGAUCGCAAACCACCGCGGAUGCCUACCUACCAGUGCCCCGCUGGUCCCUAGCGUUCCGGACAGGGCGGAGGAGGGCCAGGCUCCGCCUGUGCCGGGGACCAACAAGGCAGCCCGGCUCCAGCCGGAGAAGCACCGCAGGCAGCGAGGCGGCAGCUCUACCCCGCCGCUGCCCACCCGCCUCCCCUCCGCACCCGGCGCUGCACCGGAUCGGCGGCACCAACUUACAGCGGCGGCUCCCGGGCGAGCGCGAAGGCUCGGACGGAGCAGCCACUCGCUGUACGAGCUCCUGCACCGCGCUCGGGGUGAACAAGGGGUGCGCCCGGCUGCGCAGACACCGAAACAGCUGUGCGGGAUGGGGAGAGCCGCGCGGACAGGAGGGGUCUCUGUCCUCAUGGCGUGUCCCAGUGGGUGGCGAAGACCGAACAAAGCAGCCGGUGGAAAAUCCCUCCUCGGCGCCCUGGGAGCGGCCGGGAGGGCGCGGAGGAGCGCGGGCAUCGCGGGCGCUGAACCCGUUGCCGGGCGCUGCUCCUCCCGCGGCGGCGGGGCGGUGCCGCGGAGCUACCGCGGGCCGUGCGGCCACUGCGCUCUCGGGAGGCCUUCACAGAGCUGCCGCUUCAUAGCUGCCCAGCGGAAUGCUCCCCCAGCACAAAGGGAAGCCUGGCUUUAAUUAUUUCCCAAUUAACAAAGUAUGUAAAAAACGCAUGUGUGCAAAAGGCUGAUUUCAACAAUAAACAUAUUCUAGACAUAACAACAGUGCUUACAUAAUAUCAUUGUGUGGCUCUGUACAAGAAAAACACAAGGUACCAUACUAAACAUUGCACAUAUUUCUAGUUUACUAUUUGCUAAUACCACUUAAAACAAUGAUAUUAGUCUAAAGAGGCUUUAAGGAAGAUAAGAGCAAUUACUCGCACCAGCGGGAAGCUUCUUGUUGAAUAUAAUAGUUUGGAGAAUUUGCUCGUUCUUCAUAAUGAAAUGUCACCCAAAAUUCUCCUGUUAAAAAAAAAAAAUGCCCUGCAAGCAAUUUGCUUACAUGCAGGGGGUUAUUUAUAUUUGUGUUGCUGGACUCCAGAGUCUGCCGAUAAGCACACACUUAGUGUACAGCAGGACACAUCUGUAAUUCUAGACAGCCUGCGGGCAUAUGCAAGCCUGGAGAGCAUGGCUGAACAGGGAGCAGAUGAAAGAGUAAUUUGUUUCAUAGAUUAUUUCUUUUUAUGAUAUUGUUUUAUUACAACAUGAAGUAUUGCAGGUUGCAUGGUCUAAAAAUGUUGCACAUCUGUAUGUAAUAAAGUAUGUUUCAAAGUU